CUUUUCCGUUGGAAACAAUUUUUGAUGGUAUGAGGAAUUUUAGAGGUUUUUCGGUUCACCAAAACUUUGAUUGGAACUGACAUUACAAUGAGUAGGACAGGAGCCGAAAUCCGCGCAAGCAAACAAAAGCCUGACCAGAGAAGUUGGAUAAAACGAAUGAUUGGUGGGCAGAGCAGUACAAUCACAUUCAGUGAGACCAAGGCUAAGAUAAUACAAGAUCGGAUAAGCCUUGCGGAGCGACAUUUCGGUCAGUUGUGUGAUGAUGUGGCCUCAUUUACCAGAAAAUGUGCUCGAUUGCGAGAUAAAGGUGAUCAGAUUGCCAAGGACUUGGUAGAUUACACUGAGGCUGAGACUUUGAACCCCAGUAUGGUCAGGGCAUUGUCAGAGUUUGCGUCCAAUCUGUCCACGGUCCAGGACUACCGACAGGCACAGGUUACACGAUUAGAAGCCAGGGUGCUGACUCCACUGGCAAAUUAUGGAUUAAAAUGUAAGCAGGCAAAGAAUGAUAUAAAGGACGGAAUGAAAGUUCAAGAACUAGAGGUCACACAGAGGAAGAAGCUGGACCGAUUACGUCAGAAAUCACCGGCAGACCGAGCUCAGCUGACAAUGGCUGAGACGGAACUACAGAAGGCCAGUGUCAAAGCAUCAGCCUCCACCAAAAGCUUGGAACAGCUGAUUGAUAAAUUUGAGGAGGAGAAGCUAAAAGAUUUAAAGAAAAUCAUGACAGACUUUGUCAACAUUGAGAUGAUUUACCAUGCUAAAGCCUUAGAGAUGUACACAGAAUGUUUUCAGAACAUAAAAACAUUUGACAUAGAAGAGGACAUAGAGGAAUUUAGAGCAAAGAUGCAGCCUUCAAACUCUACAAACCGAAUGAACAUGGUGCGGUCCUCCUCCUACACAUCCCUCGAGUCGGCCAGUGAACAACAACCAACCUCCAGUCUCCGUCGGCAACAGUCAGCCCCAAAUAGUCAAAACACCACACCUCUAAAAUCCAUCAAUAACAGUGCCUCAAAUUCCCUACUCAGAGCCACUGCGGAUUCCAGGAAUGGAGUAAAUGAUGAAGAAUCAGAAGAGGAGGAUGAGGAGGAAGAAUCUGAAGAAGAUGAUGAUGACGAUGAUGAUGAUGAAUACACAGAGACAGAAACAGAACGUACAGAAACUGCCAGAUCUACAGCUCGAACAGACAAACCAACAGGCCAAUCUCAAAAAACUGUCAUUAGACCCCCAUCUAGUCUUAUUAAGAAAGUGUCGCAGUGAUGUUUCUUACCAUGUAUGUAUUUAUUUUGUAGCUGAAAUCCCACAGUUUAGGGGUCUUUGAUUCUUUGUCUUCAUGCAUUUCUGUAGACAAAUCUGAUACCUCAAAUUGAUGUGUGUAAAGAUAUAUUUAUACAUGAGACAGCCAUAGGUGCUUUAUACAGCAUUGCUUAAUGGAAGAUAUCAAGGCUAUGCAGAGAUUUUGUAUUGUAACACUUUGCAGAUACAACAGCUGUUAUUUAUUACAUGUAGUAGAUACAAGCAAUUUACCAUAGUUAAACUAUGUACAUGAACUUAUACUAUGCAUUUAUGAAACAUCUAUAAACACAGGUCUUGAUGUUCUGGAAAAAAAAUGGUGCUCAUGUACUUUAACUGUGUGUACAGUGUUAAUGUACAAGCUCCUAUACAAGUGCAUUUGAUUUUGUUGAUCAUUUUGUUUUGUAGAUAAAUUGGAAAUUACAAAGCCGUCCAACAUUUAGAAUAGUUACAGUUUGAUAAUAGAUUGAUAAUAAGUGUGAAAUGUAGCACAUUUUGAUUCAAAUGGUUGUUUAAUCUUAUAUAAUUUUACUUUAUUUUAUUGAUGCAAAAGUUUGAUUCUUUUUUUUCCACAUGUUUCUUUAAACAAAUUGCCAUAUAAAUGAAUAUUUAAUUUUGUCAUUGUGCAUGAAAUUAUAGUAGAUUAUUUGGUUCAACAAACUGCAUGUAUCUCCAAUGCAGUUAUUGUUAGAAGAACCUUACUAAAUGUUUGUAUGACAUUUAUGUAUAUUUACAAUGACAUUCAGUUACAUGUAUGACAUACAGUACAUCAUUAUUCAUUUCUUCACUAACAGGUUUAUCAUCAUAUCAGGCUGAAAGAAUUUAAACUAUACAUACAUGCAAAUGGGUUUUUUGGGGGGUAUGCUUGUGUUUUGUUUGUUGAAGACUGUUGUCUUCAUGUUUGAAAACCAAUUCACUUUCUUCUAUCUUUGAAUUCUCUACUAUUCACCCUUUGAUCACAUACAAGUGCAAUACAUUAUAUGUAUGCCCUUUGCUAUGGCUCCGUUUCAAACUUGAUUACAGAUAAAUGGCAUCUAAUUUUAUUAUGUACACUUUAAGACUUCUAAUUGUCAGACAAUUUUUAAUCCCAAUCAAAUGUACAGAUUGUUAAUCUACACAUAAUUGAAAUGAAAUGUAUAUUUAGUUAUUUAGUUUAAAAUAUUUAGUUAUGAUUAAUUAUGCUGUUUGUCAUGAAUCAGUUCCUUUUGACCUUGCUAGACACCCACUUGUAAAAGAGUCACAGUAUAGGUACUUCACUUUAUGAUCAAAUCAGUACCUGUACUUUUUUCUUUUCCCAUUACAAAUCACAGCAAAGUUAACAUUUGACAGAUGGAUUUUCCACUUAUUGGUUUUAUCAAUAUUUACCGAAUGCUAUUUCUGGUCCAAGAUCUGGUACUGGCAUAUGCAGUAAUUUUAUAUUCAACUGAACAAUUUUUUGGGACACUGAUUUCCAUAAAUUAUUGCUGCCCAAAUUAUCCCCUAAAUGGUAUUUCACCAUAUGUUCAUUUUUAGCACAGUAUUACGCAUUUUUUUAGGCAAGAAUUGCUUGUCACUCAUUCAGUCAGUAGAAAUUGUAAAUAUGGUCAGUUACUCUAUCUUGUAUGGAAAAGGAAUACUGUGGAAUCAUCAUUGUUUGUUGGGGACCUAUGUUCGUGGGUUACCCUUGCCAUGAACGUUUAUACAAGCAUUUGUUUAAUAUUUAUUUUCGAAAUAGAACUUGCUACCAACUAAAUUACGUCCCCACAAACCAGGAAUUUUCCGCUGCCCACAAACAUUGACCCCCCAGGAAUAGAAAUGAUUCCACAGUAGGCAUAACCCUUGUGGGCAUUUUUUUUUUUUCAUUUAGGAAUCUCAUCUCUCAGAUCUUCAAAGCAUUCUUUUGUUGAGUUUUUAUGCACAAACACACACAAGAUAAUGAAAUAUUACAUGUAUAUGUUUUCUUUUAUGCAACACAUUUUUUGGAAGCAGUUGAAAGUUUGUGAGCCACAAUUUUUAAGUAGCUCUAUCACUUUUGUCACUGAGUUUAUCAAUUAGUUUUACAGCCUGUGAUAUUACCAUAAAAUCUACUCACAAAUCAUUGUUGAAAAGCAGUUCAAUAAAGUCUUUAAAGUUUUA